AAAUUUGUAAUGACUGUUUUGAUUACUAGCGUCCAGUUAUUGGGGAAGGCAUUGUGUUUAUACAGCUGAGAUGAGUAAGCCCCAGAUUAAGAGAGUCAAAGGGCAGUUUACUUAUCUGCCUGCAAGCUCAGUAUUUAAACUCCCAUUGCAGUCAACAGAGAGCUUGUUAAUGUUGUUGCAGGAAGCUAGAAAACACUUUGGCUGACUAGCCACAGCUGGACACAGUAAGAAGUUACUUCUCAUUGUGACCAACAGCUCCUUUUGCAGAAAUUAUUGCACAGCUGAGAGAACAUGAGAAAUGGGGAGACCUGCUCAUCUCGGCAAUAGGAAGUCUCCCUGGCCCUAGCAUGUUUCUUAGUCACUUGAGCUAGCAGGGCAACAUGUGCCUUUUGGGAGAGAAGGUGGUGGGGUUAGGUGUUAUCCUUGUUAAGGUUAGGUGUAUUAUCAUGGUUGUCUUGACUCAGGAUGUCUUUAUUCAAAAAAAUAAAAAUCUCUAGUAUAUUAACGACAAGGUUGAUCACUCAUUUUAAUAACUGAGUGGAAGUUAGAAUCUUAAUUAAACACCUUUCAUAAGGUGUUUAAAAGUGUUUCCAGGUACGGAUUAAAGAAACAAAAUUUCUGCUCAUGAAACUUUGUUGGGGAAAACUGAGUAAAAGUGAAAACCACAUUUUAAUAAAAUCAAUUGAAAUGCGUUUUUAGUAUUGUCAGAGAGCUUCUUUCUGUGUUUCACUGUUGCAGUUCUCACUUUUUUAUGCGGCUGUGCUGAAUUGCAUGGCUGAUACACAGAGGCAAUCAGCUACAGUACUUGUAACAAAUGGAAAAUUGUCUGGAAGUUGUAUUAAAUACAUGGUUCAAUUUCAGCUUGCUGAGCUGACUUUCACAUGCAUGCAGUUUGAAAAGAAAAAUGGUGUGUUGCUGAGCUAGUGAUCUGUCAAUACAGUGUUUUAAUAUAAAUUCCACCAAGAAAAGCAUUAAGGGUUGAAGUGUUGCCCUUCAUCAAAAGAAUUAAGUUUUGUAGGGAGCUGUAUCUGGUGAAGAGCAUAUCAUGGUCAUGCCAUUUGUUUCUGAGACCCAUUGGUUAAACAUACAUAGAUCACCUCUGAAGAUGGGACUGGAGUUGAAGAAUCAAUAAAGUGAAAUAAAGCCUCAAAGCCAUUACAACCAUGGAUACAGUGAAUCUCUUGGACGGAAAAGCCACAUUGAUGAUUACAGCACUUGGGACAUUGUGAAAGCCACACAGUAUGGAAUAUACGAACGAUGUAGAGAGUUGGUGGAAGCAGGUUAUGAUGUGCGACAACCAGACAAAGAAAACGUAACGCUUCUCCACUGGGCUGCAAUCAACAACAGGAUAGAUCUGGUGAAAUACUAUAUAUCAAAAGGUGCUAUCGUUGAUCAGCUUGGAGGAGAUUUAAAUUCUACUCCACUUCACUGGGCAACAAGGCAGGGUCACUUAUCCAUGGUUGUACAGCUGAUGAAAUAUGGGGCAGAUCCGUCGCUAAUUGAUGGAGAAGGAUGUAGCUGUAUUCAUUUGGCUGCACAGUUUGGACAUACUUCGAUUGUUGCUUACCUGAUAGCAAAGGGACAGGAUGUCGAUAUGAUGGAUCAAAAUGGAAUGACACCUUUAAUGUGGGCAGCUUACAGAACGCAUAGUGUGGAUCCAACCCGAUUACUACUUACAUUUAAUGUUUCUGUUAAUCUUGGAGACAAAUAUCACAAAAACACAGCAUUGCAUUGGGCUGUGCUAGCAGGAAAUACUACAGUUAUUAGCCUUCUGUUAGAAGCUGGAGCUAAUGUUGAUGCUCAAAAUAUAAAGGGAGAAUCACCACUUGAUCUAGCAAAACAGAGGAAAAACGUUUGGAUGAUCAAUCACCUACAGGAAGCAAGACAGGCAAAGGGAUAUGACAGUCCAUCCUUUCUGAGAAAACUAAAAGCUGAUAAGGAAUUCCGUCAGAAGGUGAUGCUGGGAACUCCUUUCCUAGUAAUUUGGCUGGUUGGGUUUAUAGCAGACCUAGACAUUGAUUCUUGGCUCAUUAAAGGGCUGAUGUAUGGUGGCGUUUGGGCUAUGGUGCAGUUUCUUUCAAAGUCAUUCUUUGAUCACUCCAUGCACAGUGCACUGCCUCUUGGAAUAUACUUGGCAACAAAAUUCUGGAUGUACGUGACGUGGUUCUUCUGGUUUUGGAAUGAUCUCAAUUUUUUCUUUAUACAUCUUCCAUUCCUUGCUAAUAGCAUUGCACUUUUCUACAAUUUCGGAAAAUCCUGGAAAUCUGAUCCAGGAAUCAUCAAAGCCACGGAAGAACAAAAGAAAAAGACGAUAGUAGAACUUGCAGAGACAGGAAGUCUGGACCUCAGUAUAUUCUGCAGUACCUGCUUGAUACGGAAGCCAGUGAGGUCCAAGCACUGUGGUGUAUGCAAUCGGUGUAUAGCAAAGUUUGAUCACCACUGCCCGUGGGUGGGUAACUGUGUAGGAGCAGGAAACCAUCGCUAUUUUAUGGGAUACCUGUUCUUCCUGCUCUUUAUGAUCUGCUGGAUGAUUUAUGGAUGUAUCUCUUAUUGGGGUUUCCACUGUGAGACAAGUUAUGCAAAGGAUGGAUUUUGGACCUAUAUUACACAGAUUGCUACCUGUUCUCCAUGGAUGUUUUGGAUGUUUCUGAACAGUGUUUUUCACUUCAUGUGGGUGGCUGUGUUGCUCAUGUGUCAGAUGUAUCAGAUAUCUUGCUUGGGUAUCACGACAAAUGAAAGAAUGAAUGCAAGAAGAUACAAGCACUUUAAAGUUACAACCACAUCUAUUGAAAGCCCAUUCAACCAUGGAUGCAUAAGGAACAUUAUAGACUUCUUUGAAUUCAGAUGCUGUGGUCUUUUUCGGCCCGUUAUUGUGGACUGGACAAGGCAGUAUACAAUAGAAUAUGACCAAACUUCAGGAUCAGGCUACCAGCUAGUGUAGCACCACCUUCAUCCUGUGAGCAUAUCAUAUCUGAGUGGUGCCUGAAAAAUUUUCUCUCUCUCUCUCGAAUCCGCAUCCCUUGAAGAGUAGCAUGCUAUGUGUAGGGCUGAUGAUGAAUCAUAAGGUACCUUCUCUUCAUCAGAAUUUUAUUAACAAAAGUAAAAAUGGACAGAAUAAACUGCCAAACCUGAUAAGGAAGAGGAGGAAGAUCAAAAAGGGAUUUUAACAGUUCUUAACAUGAGAAUUAUUCGCAACAGCAUAUUCACAGUAUUUGUUGUUGGGUUUUUUAUUUAAGGUCUUUCACAAUGGAGCAUGAGAUUAUUGAAGUAUUGACAUAAGUAGUUACAUUUGUGCUGAGCAGAAGAAUUUAUUUCCCAAUAUGAAUAAUUCCACUGAAACAAGAGUCUAGAAUAUAAAACUAAAUUUCAUGAUGCAAAGUUCACUGAUCGCUAUGUUGUAGUUCCUGUAAUGUGAUUUUUUAAUACAGAUUUUCUGUAGUAUUAUGUGCAUUGAAAAAUGUGCUUUUCAAUACUGUUCUAAACAUCAUGUGGUGGGAAUCCCCUGUAACGUGUUAAGUUAUAGCAGUAGGGCAUGUUGGAUAAUGUUGAGAAAAAAAUACAUUGCCCACAUUUUUUGGUGAUUGUUUUUGCCACCGGUUAGUGGUACAACUAAAUACUUGUAAUAACCCUGUUCUGAGAUUAUGUAGUCUGAAAUUGCGCAAAUAAGGAAAGCUCUUCUGUCAAAGUUCAAGCCCUGCUUAAAUGCAUGAUAGACCUGUAAAACUAGAUUACAGUAUAUAAUGUUUGGGAAAAAUGUGGAAAAAAUUCAUUAUCUUUGAAGUAAUUGUAUAAGCAACUUACAAACUAGCAAUGUUUUAACAUUAGGUUUGGUCCUCAUACAGUACAGUGUAGUGUAAUUGGAGACACGUUGGAAGAGAAAUUGCAUGGGGGAAACCACAGAUGUGAAAACAAAAAUCUCAAUUAUAAAAAGACAAGAUAGUUUUAAAUUGAAUGCAACUGCAGAAGAACCCAGAGUUGUCUGAAAUGCCUAUUUUGUUUGGAUGUAAAAUAAUGGAAACCAAACUUAUAUUAAAAAAAAAAAAAUUUAAAAAAAACCCCAUAACAGCACGCGCACACAGAAAAUGUAACGCAGCGUUCUGAAGAUGAUGGUGUAUUGGCACGUGAAAAUCACUCUUAAUUUCUUUUUUUAAGUUCUCAUGCUACAGAUAUGUUUGGAAGGUAAGGAAUGAUCUGAAAUUGCAUUCCAAAGGGGCUUUUCUUGAAUGUGAUGCACUGAUUUUUGUUAUGGUGUUUUCAUAUACUCAUAGUGAAUUGUUCACUGCUUCCUUAACUAUUGUUUACAGAGAGACUGGGAAUCAGGUUAGUUCUCUUCUAAGUGCUGUAGCAACCCAGUGGUUCGAGAAACCUGUGAGGGGCGUUUGGGGAGGGACCUGAAAGCAGAUGUCUGAGACCAGUGUAAAGAAUGUGUAUCUGUAUAUAAAUAAUUUAUCAAAUAGUUUUCUCUCUGUGAGUGUGUGUUUAGUGUAUUUAAAGCUGCUCAUUUUCAUUUUAUUCAACCAAAAAAAGUGUAGGAAGAUAUCUAAUGAGCUUUUAGUGAUGUUCAAUAUUGCUGUUAAUAGGCAUUAUGCCCUGCAAAUUCACUGCAUGUUUGAUGCUUGGCAAAAUUAGCGUUUUCUGUAAUAUGCAGAUUACAGGUAAUAAAGCAAUCUAGUGGUAUUCCCGGCCCUUGCCUUAGUAAGAGGAGCAGUGAAACUGUAAAUAGUUGAUGUUCAGUAUUUGCAAGUAAACAUUUUUUCUGUAGUUGUUCAUUGAUCUCAAGACACACAGUUUGCAAGUACCAGAUAUCAGGAUUUACAGAAGUACAGCAUUAGAGUACUUGAAUGUUUAAUACUGGAAAAAUCAACAUCGUCUUGGACACAGUUUUAAUGGGAGAGGUUUGGGUGUAGGAGUGACAAGAAGCUUUUGCUAUUUUUGUCAGACAAAAUUUGUAAUCCUAACGAAGACACAUUAUAUUUCAGUGAAAACAGUUGAUAUCAGUUAUUCAUAUUUUUUUUCUAAUCAGAAAAAAGCUUGAAGACUUUACAAUAUUUUUAUUUUAAUCACCAGUAAUGUUCUGCAUAUUUGUUUGGUUUUCGUUUGGGUUUUUUUUUCCACAUUGGGGGUCGGUUGACUUGAAGAACUUCAAUCCACUUUAUUAAAUAUCGCCUACCACCAGAAGAGCAGUUCAGUACAUGAUACAAGUUUUGGGUUUAGUUGCCCAGUAGCAUUAACUGCCAUGAAUUGUGUCAUGCAGUCCAUGUCAAAAACGUCUGCAAAAGAAGAGGUGAUCUUUAGUAGUACGUAGUGAGUUCUGCACUAUUUACUUGUUAAUAGCUCUCUGGUGACAGUUUUGUGGAGACCUGCAGAAUCUGAGCAAUAGUAGGUAGUUGUGAAAAUUAGCUUGCAUAUAUGGAUUUGGGAUGUAUGAAGUUUCCAGUGCAAAAUGUAACUUGUCUUGAGUAACGCUGAAUUGUUUGAUGUGAAAUCAUAAAAUCAAGCAGGGGGGAGCCAACUAUGCAGCAUUUUUCUGUCAAGUUAUCAAACUUAAAAUUCACUUGUUGAACCAAAACUGCAUUGCUUCUGAAACUUAACAAAGCUGAUCCAGACCAACAGCAGAUCAGACCAACUUAAUCUGACAUAGGUAGAAUAAAUGGGAAUUUUGUCUUGGCCCUAAACAUGUGCUGUUUCUUUGCAGGUUUCUGUAUUCUUUGAUGUCCACCAGAUUUUUUUUCAAUUAAUGUGUAAAACAGCAUCACUACAUUUUAAGCUAUGGAUUUUUUUGUAUAUUCUUUAUUUAUAACUGUGCCAAGUAUUAUUUUAAUACUGUUGAGAUCUUGAUGUAUUACAUUGUGAACAAAAGAAAUCUGUAAAAUGUUUAAUAAAUUAGCUCUCCUUACAUAAAUCUGUUAAAUUUUGUAAGUUAUUAAUCAAAUAAAUAUUGACUCUUAGA